UCUACAUCUGCUUUCCUUACUCGUCGCCCGGCGCGACUCUUCAGCACCAUCCACCAUGGAGUCGCGCAAGCCCGCCUGCAUCCUCUGCCGAGGAGUUAAGCUCAAAUGUGUCAACGACAACGACAUCACCCAGCGUUGUCAGCGCUGCCAGCGUCUUGAUCUGCCGUGCGCUUACAGCAAGCGUCGGCGACGGGUGCACACAACCAACCCCAAGAUCCUCCCCGCCCCACCCGCCGAUGGCCAGCGCCCACCGGCCAUUCACGAGCGCCCCGAAUUCGAGUCUCACGCCCACCCGCCAAAUAUGCGACCGGAUGGCCCCAGCCCGGUGCGAAUAGACCCCUCCGGCUCGGGCUCGUACAUGCCGCCCCCACGCCAGCCGCAGCCUCCGCCCCAGUGGGCGAGCGGCAUGGUCGUCAACGCCCUCCUUCCCACCGGAGGAGCAGCGACGACGUCUAGCACGUAUCCCAGCCCUGCUGACCCGUCGCCGCAGAGCUCGCACUCGUCGCACGUCCGCGUGCGCCCUGCCUCACACAUAUCCCCCAUGACGGCGGAUGGCAGCCCGCACAAUGUAGAGACGCAGCAGCAGUACCCCCCACAUCAUGGACAUGACUCGCGGCAGGCUCCGCGUUCUUACUCGCAUUCGCAUGACGGCCACCCAGAUGCCCACGCUCGCUCUCUUUCUCUGGACGGAGGCGACCGCAAGCGGGAGCGUGAGCCGCGCGAGACCGAAGAGCAAGAGAGCAGCAAGCGCGCGAUGGGCGAGGGCUGGUCUGAGCUCCCCUUCGUAUCCGCCAACGCGAAGGAAGGGCGCGCGAGCCGCAGCAUGCUCGACGAUCCUCUCAUGAUGGGCUACCUGAACGACAUGGAGGCUGUGCGCCUCGUUGACAUGUUCCACCAGUACCUGAACCCCAUGAUCGCCCUUCUCGACCCCGUCCUCCACACGUGCGGGUAUCUGCGUGAGCGUUCCUCGAUUGCGUUCACCGCCGUCCUCGCCGCCGCGGCGAAAUACUUCCACAAGCCACUAUAUCCGCGCCUGCUUUCGCACGCCCAGAAGCUGCUGAGUAACGCAAUAGAACAAGGCGUGUGCAGCACAGGCGUCAUCCAAGCCCUUCUGGUUCUCGUGUACUGGAAAGAACCGACGGACCAGAGCGGCUGGGUGCGUAUCGGCAUCGCAGUCCGCCUCGCAUAUCAGCUUGGCUGGCACGAGCGGUGGAGCAAGCCCCCUGCUCCUCGGCCCACGGACCCCACGCGCUACAGAGAGCAGCUGGACACGGAGCGGACAUGGUUCUGCCUCGCCGCCUUCGACCGCACCUAUGCCGGGACAUACAACCUGCCUAACGCUAUUCGUGCGCACGAAGUCGGUGACAUUGAGCAGUGGAUUUACGAGCACCAGCACCUGGACAUCAUCAACGACCUGCGCCUCUCCUGUUCCCUCGAGACCUUAUUUAUCGUUGACGGCGUCCGCCACUGGCGCAACAACUGCGCGAACAUGAGCCGCGAGCAGGCGCUCGCCCAGAUUGAGCGCCUCUUCGAGUCCGGCCUGCGCGUACACACCAAAUGGUGUCUGCGUUCGGAUGGGCUGAACCGCCAUCUCACUGAGAAGCAGAAGGUCUUCCUGCACCUCUACCAGCGCCAGAUGCUGUUUGGGAUUCGCUUCGCCAUGCUCCGCUUCCUCGGCCCCACCGAGGUCGAGCACGUCACCGCCGAGUGCCUCGACCGCGCUGUCGCGUACGUCGAGCAGCUCAAGAUCGUGUGCGACGAGGGCAUGUGGCACUUCCAGCAGGACAUUGCGAGUGCCAAGCUUGCGUCAAUCUGUGCAAGCGUCCAAGAGCUCUUCUGGAAGGUGACCAACCCGCAACGCCGCAUCGCUCUCGGCUGCCUCAAGACCAUCUAUGAAGUAUGCCUCCAGGUCGCGGAUGGUGUGCCGGACGCGCCCUCCGCGUUUGUCGCGCGCUUCCUCGAGCGCCUGCUCGGCACAAUGCGCAUCACAAGCGCCGAGUCUCUCGACACGAACCGGCAGGUGUCGCCCGUGCCGGUGCCGGUGCCCGAAAUACAGCCAAUCGAUGUACCUGUACUCGACGACCUCACGCAGUUCCUUAACAGCGCUGCGGCCUACCCUGUCGACCCUAACAUGGCAGGCUUUGACGAGGCAUACUGGACGGCGCUCUUCGCCUCGUUGCCUCUCAACCUCGGCGACUUCAACUCGUUGUAGAAGUACACCUGUGAUCUUGCAACUAUGUAUUAUUCGUUCUAUGUCUAG